AUGGCGGUCGACUCGCAAGAAGCUAUCCGCCUGGCGUUCCUUCUCGAGCCAGGCCACAACUCCCCUCGCACUCCCCUCGCCUUUCCCUCGCAAUCCCCUCACACUCCCCUCUCACUCCCCUCACACUUCCCUCCCGCACCCCAGCACUGGCAGCACGUGUCAGGAGUGGGCUACGCCGAUUUCCGUGCCUUCCUGCGCGCCCAGCGGGACACGUGGCGGCAGGAGCGCGAGGCAAGCAGGGAGGAGGAGUGGCGCGCAGCACCCACAGCGCCCCAUGCUGACGUGGCUCCUCCAGAAGCUGAUGCAGGGCAGAAGGCUCAAGGGAAGGUCGAUAUGGGGGAGGUUAGCAUGGGGGAGGAGGUUGAUACGGGGAAGGCUGGUAUCGGGGAGGUUGUAGGGGAGUUGGGAACGGUUCAGGCAGACGGGAUGACAGUGGCUGAUGUCCUUACUCAACCAGCAACAACCGCGCAUGUUGCUGCUGCAUCCUCUAAAGUUGCUGCUCCCACUUCUGAUGGGCCUGAGGAGCAGAGGGAAAGCGGAAUAGAGGAGGAGGUGGCGAUACGGGUCAGCGCAGCCAGUGGCGCAGGUGCUGCUGGUGUGUCUUCUGAUGCGCGCACGGACAGGGAGAGAGGGGACGAGGAAGGUGGGAAUGAAGUUGCAUCAUCAUCAUCCGCAGCAGUGGAGGAGGAAGAAGAGGAGGAAGUAGGAGCAAAGAGACGAGAUGGAGGAGCGGGGUUGGCAGCUUCAGCAGCAGCAGCAGAUGUAGCAGCAGAAAAUCAAAGGGACAAGAAGGAACAGCAGGGCAGCAAGCACAAGGACGGCAAGCAGGACGAGAGCAAGCACAAGGACGGCAAGCAGCCGCCGUCCCCUCCGGCCCUCCCUGCUGGCUUCACCUCCUCCAUCUGCAGCGUUCCCACAGAAGCUUCUCGGAACGUUCUUCCUCCUCCUCCUCCUCGGCCUGGGGCAGCAGGGGAAGCGGAGGGGAAGAAGGGUGCGAGGAGAGGGAGUGAAGGGGCAGGGAGCGAGGGGGGUGCGGGGAAGGCGCUGGAGAGGAGGAGAUCGGCAGGGGAGGCGGUGGCAGGGAGGGGGAGUGGGGAGGUGGGCCCACCUGUGCGCAUGUGUGCUGUCUUCGAUGACUGCCUCGCUUCAGUGAACAAGGUGCAGUUCGCCCGGCACCACUCGGAUCUGCUUGCUCGCGUGCACGGGGGCAACGUGCCAAGCCAACUGAGCAAGGUGCAGUUCGCCCAGCACCACCUUGCUGCUCGCCCGCCUAUGGUGCAACGUCUGCCUAAUGCGCCCCACUCUCCACCACCCACGAUGAAAACCCCUUCUCUCCCUCCCUGCAGUGAACAAGCCAGUUGGGGAGUAAAGGAGGAGGCGAUUUUUGAGGCGCCUCAAAAAUCACUCCGGCUGUGCCACGUGCCGUGCAGCCAGUUGGGGAGUGAAGGAGGAGGCGCACGGGAGAAGAGGGGCCCAGCAAGUGUGCCUAAUGCGCCAUUCUCCACCCAAUUCGGAAAACCCCUUCUCUCCCUCCCUGCAGUGAACAAGGUGCAGUUCGCCCGGCACCACCCUGACCUGCUCGCCUACGGGGCAGCGGACGGCACGCUCCGGCUGUGCUAUGUGCCGUGCAGCCGGGGGGGCAAUAAGUCAGGUGGCGCAGGGGGGAAGCGGGGCGCUGCGAGUGUAGCUCGAGUGAAGCACGAGCUUAAAGGGCACACCAAGGAGGUGACUGACUUUGAUUGGUCCACGGAUGACGACUACCUGUGCUCGUCGUCGGCGGACAAGAGUGUGCGCGUGUGGGACGUGGGGUCGGGGCAGUGCCUGCGCAUCAUCUACACAGUCAUUCCACAGACCUGCAUCAUCUUCCACCCGCAAAACAACAACUUCCUGGUGGUGGCGAACAGCAAGAGGGAGCUAACGGUGAUGAACUUCAGCACGGGGCGAGUGGUGAGCCGCGUGGCCAUGGACAGCAACGUCACUGCCCUCGUCGCUGAUCGUACCACCUUCGCCUCCUCUGCAGCAGCUGGUUCUGCCACCACCAGCGGCAGCAGCGGUGGAGGAGGCGGAGGAGGAGCGACGAGCAAGGCUGGAGCAGCGGCGGCGGCGGCGGCGGCGGGAAGCGGUGGGUUUGGAGGGGGAGCAGGGGAGGCGGACAGUGUGGUGUUUGUGGGGGACAGUGAGGGCGCCAUUCACAGCUUCACGGUGGACAAGCAGUCGGGCGCUCUGCUGCGCCGCCACAAGACCGUUGCUGGCGUCGUGCACCCGGCGCCAGUGGCUUCUCUGCACUUCAGCCCGACAUCCGUGCUGGCGAAUGGGCCGGUGCUCCUGGCAUGCAGCAAGGAUGGCUGCGUGCGCUUCUACACCACUGCACUGGAGCUCAACGGAUAUCUCUUCCUCAAGAUAUCGCUGCAGCUCUCCUCGCGGGCCACCAACAUGAACGCUGCCUUCUGCCCCCCGCUUGGGCCCUCCGGGUCGGGGGAAUACAUCGGGUCGGGGGAAUACAUCGUGACGGGCAACGCCGACCAUCACGUGUACUUCUACGACUUCAUGAAGCCUCGCAGUCCACUCGUGGCGCGCAUUCCUGGACACAAGGCGAUGGUGGUGGAUGUGAGUUGGAACAACAGCAACACUGUGCUUGCCUCCUGUGACUGCGAUGGGGUGGUGGCACUGUGGCAGCGGGUUUAG